AUGAUACCAAAAUUUAGAGCCACGACAGAACUGUUUCUAACCAAACAGACCCUAAAAAAGACUACCUUUUUCCCUCUCAUAAAGCCUCGGCAAAAUCUCACAUCUGCGUAUCAACAAAGCAAAUCGUCAAUGGCGGAACCCAAGACCAAAUACGAUCGUCAGCUCAGAAUUUGGGGCGAGCAAGGGCAAGCAGCCCUCGAGAAAUCAAGCAUAUGCUUGUUGAACUGUGGGCCCACCGGCUCGGAAACUCUGAAAAAUCUGGUGCUCGGCGGUGUUGGGAGUAUCACGGUUGUUGAUGGCUCUAAAGUUGAGCUUGGAGACCUGGGGAAUAAUUUCAUGGUGGAUGAAUCGAGUGUCGGUCAAUCGAAGGCGAAGACUGUGUGUGCUUUUCUAGAGGAGUUAAAUGAUGCAGUGAAGGCAAAAUUUAUUGAGGAAUAUCCAGAAAAAAUAAUCGAAUCCAACCCCUCAUUUUUUUCGCAAUUUACGUUGGUAGUUGCCACGCAGCUCGUUGAACAUUCCAUGGUGAAGUUGGAUAGAAUAUGCCGUGAUUCAAACGUCAUGCUUAUAUUUGCACGCUCUUAUGGGCUCACUGGUUUGGUUCGGAUCAGUGUGAAGGAACAUGCGGUGAUUGAAUCAAAGCCUGAUCAUUUUCUGGACGAUCUGCGGCUUAAUAACCCGUGGCCAGAACUCAGGAGAUUUGCAGAAACAAUAGAUCUGGAUACAUCUGAUCCUGUCGUUCAUAAACACACUCCAUAUGUUAUCAUUCUCAUUAAGAUGGCAGAUGAGUGGGCUAAAACACAUAAUGGGAACCUUCCUUCAACGAGGGAAGAGAAAAAAGUGUUUAAGGAUUUAAUUAAGGCCAAGAUGAUUGCAUCUGAUGAAGACAACUACAAAGAAGCCAUUGAAGCUUCCUUCAAAGUUUUUUCUCCUCGAGGAAUUAGUCCAGAGCUACUUCAGAUUAUUAGUGACAGCUGCGCUGAAGUUAAUUCUAAUUCAUCCGAUUUUUGGGUGUUGGUGGCAGCCCUAAAGGCUCCUCUGGAGGGAGCGAUGCCUGAUAUGACAUCUUCUACUGAGUUAUAUGUCAACCUGCAAAAGAUAUACCAGGCAAAGGCCGAAGCUGAUUUUCUUGUCAUGGAGACAUACAUGAGGAAAAUAUUAAAGAAGAUAGGUAGAGAUCCCGAUAGCAUCCCAAAGGCAACCAUAAAAAGUUUCUGCAAAAAUGCUCGGAAACUUAAGGUACGCAGAUACCGUUCUAUUGAGGAUGAGUACAGUUCUCCGGUUCAACAGGAGUUGCAAAAGUAUCUAACAGAUGAAGAUUACAGUAUGGCUGUUGGAUUUUAUAUCCUUCUACGAGCGGUAGACCGUUUUGCUGCAAACUACAACAGUUUCCCUGGGCAAUUUGACGGUGAGACAGAUGAGGAUAUUUCUAGAUUGAAAACGACAGCUGUUGCCUUACUUAAUGAUUUGGGUUGCAAUGGAUCGACCUUGACCGAGGACCUUAUUAACGAGAUGUGCCGUUAUGGUGCCUCAGAGCUUCAUGCUGUGGCCGCCUUUAUUGGAGGAAUAGCAUCACAGGAGGCGAUUAAGCUCAUCACGCGACAAUUUGUUCCGCUGAGCGGGACUUUUAUCUUCAACGGUGUUGAUCACAAGUCGCAGUUGUUAUUACUUUAGGCUUACUAGCAGCGGGAAGAUCGAGCUUUUUCUGUUAACGGCACUUCAAAUAGAGGCUCUUGCCGAAACUUUUUCAUAUCAAACUGCUAAAAAUGCAUUCGGCAUUGUCAAACAAGGUAUCCUACUUCUCUCAAGUGGCUUUAGAACGCAUAAUGUUUGCGGGAGUUUUGUACAUUGAGAGUUUGGAUAUAUACUUAACGAGCGUUGAUGAUCUUCUAUUGUGCGAGUUCUUGUACUCUUGAAAUUUUUAACGACUUGCCAUUAUAAGCGUCUCGUGUAGAAUUAGCAGUUGUCAGUGUAAACAGUGAAUCCUUGAAAUCUUAUAUCAGUUCCCCUGAUUUUGUUAUUUGGACCAAGCUUUUGAUCUCAAAUCAACUGUAAGUUUGUAACACGUCAAACUCAUAUAGAUGACAUUUGCAGGUUCAUAAACUUGCUCCCUCAUCCUUACAGGACCAAAGUACAAUUAAGCCUAAUAAUCAUAAUAAAAGAUAGAUUAGUUUUUCUUAA